AUGAAUACAGAUUGUUUAUGCUGUGUUCAACAACACAACACUUUUUUUUUUUCUCUUGUUUCAUAAACCAUAAUGGAGAGUUUAUUUGGAAUAACAACACCAGUCGACAUUGAAGUUUUGUUUCACAACGAGGAACAAAGAAAGCAUAUUGAUACUAGAGUUGAAAAGGAUAGGCGGGAAAGGUACCCUGUGUAUCUUGAUGGUGAAACUGUUUCUGGCAAAGUUAUUGUAAAGUUGCGUGAUGGUAGAAAACUUGAACAUUACGGCAUCAAGAUUGAGUUCAUUGGCAGUAUAGACCUGUUUCAUGAAAAGAGCAGAUCAUAUGAAUUUUUGACUCUAUCCCAGGAUGUGGCCUCACCUGGCGAGCUUCGGCAAGCAACAACAUUUGAUUUUGAAUUCAAAAAUGUUGAAAAGCAAUACGAGUGCUAUAGUGGAAUAAAUGUUAGAUUGAGAUACUUUGUUUGCGUAAGGAUUUCUAGGAGAUUAGCAGAUAUCGUUCGUGAAAGAGACAUAUGGGUCUAUUCUUAUAGAAUGCCUAUCGAAGUAAACAACUCUAUAAAAAUGGAAGUUGGUAUUGAAGACUGUUUGCAUAUUGAUUUCGAGUACAACAAAUCAAAGUAUCAUUUAAGAGAUGUAAUUGUGGGUAAAAUAUUUUUCUUACUAGUACGAAUCAAGAUCAAGACUAUGGAGUUAACAAUUAUUAGACGUGAAACAACUGGCUCAUUACCCAAUUUGUAUAAUGAAAGUGAGAAUAUUAUCAAGUUUGAGAUAAUGGAUGGUGCUCCUGUAAAAGGAGAAACAAUACCUAUUAGGUUAUUUCUCGGUGGAUUUGAAUUGGGACCUACAUUUAGAGACAUAAACAAGAAAUUUUCGAUUAGAUAUUAUCUAAAUUUAGUAUUGAUUGACGAGGAAAAUCGACGUUAUUUUAAGCAACAAGAAAUUACAAUGUUUCGUAGAAAGAUUGACGAUGGGUAUCCACCUGACGAUCUUGAGGAAUGAGCGUUUAAUUAUCAUGGGAUUAGAAUUCAAUAUAUAUAAAUUAUAAUGUAGCAAACUUGCACAACUCCACUAUGCGGCAAUUAAAUACAGUACAGGGUCAAAAAAAAAAAAAAAAAAAAAAAAAAAAUUACAACAGUGAGCUGUUUUAUUUUUUUAUAUGGGGUGCUUAUUAGCAUUUAUAAAUUAAAUAGAGCGCCCAACGCAUAAUUUACAUUUAUUAUUGUCAUCAUUUUCGACAUAAUUGAACACAUGUGUUCUACUAUCUAGUUUUGUCCUGCUGCGGCAAUGUUAAAUAGACAACCCAGGCCAAU